CACUGUUGAGUUCUUUGUAUUUAGGGUUUAGCUCUUCGUUAAAACGGUGAACACUGCGACAAAAGCGUUCCCGCCUCUACCGCGCCAUCUUUUCUUUGUAUCAUUAUGUGAGCUGAAGUGCAGUCUCUUGGAUUCUGUCUACUUCCCACUUCUUUCCUUCUAUGCUCAUAUCCCUGCAAGAAGAUGUCGCUAACUUGAGGCUAGGAUCAGGGACCUCUUUUACUUAAAUCACUAUGGCGAGGCUCCUUCGGACCUUUUGCUUGAAGAGAGAUCUAUUCGUUUCGCAGGUUCUUCCAUGUACCCUCGUUUAUAGACAAGGGUCCUUGAUGCCUUCUCAAAUUUGUUAUUUCUCCACAAAAGGAAAAAAAAAGUCUAAAUCAAAUACAAGUGAUUCUGGUGAUGAGAAUCUAUCAAAAAAAGACUUGGCAUUACAGCAAGCCUUGGAUCAGAUUACAGCUUCAUUUGGAAAAGGUGCAAUUAUGUGGCUUGGUCGUUCUGAUUCUCCUAGAGAAGUUCCUGUUAUAUCUACGGGUUCUUUCUCAUUGGAUUUAGCAUUGGGAAUUGGUGGACUUCCUAAGGGUCGUGUUGUGGAAAUCUAUGGUCAAGAGGCUUCAGGGAAAACAACUCUUGCUCUUCACGUAAUUGCUGAAGCCCAAAAAACUGGAGGUUAUUGUGCUUUUGUGGAUGCUGAGCAUGCCCUGGAUCCAGCUCUAGCUAAGGUUAUUGGUGUAAAGACUGAUAACUUGCUUCUUUCUCAACCAGAUUGUGGCGAGCAGGCUCUAAGCCUUGUCGAUACCCUCAUUCGCAGUGGUUCGAUUGAUGUAGUUGUUGUGGACAGUGUUGCUGCCUUGGUUCCUAAAAGUGAACUUGAUGGUGAGAUGGGAGAUGCACAUAUGGCCCUUCAAGCAAGGCUGAUGAGCCAGGCUCUUCGCAAGUUGAGCCAUUCUCUCUCUCUUUCUCAGACAGUAUUGAUAUUUAUUAAUCAGGUGAGAUGUAAGCUUAGCACAUUUGGAGGGUUUGGUGGGCCCACUGAAGUUACAUCUGGGGGCUACGCCUUGAAGUUUUAUGCAUCUGUUCGCUUGAAUAUCAAACGAAUCGGUUAUGUUAAGAAGGGUGAAGAGACUGUAGGAAGUCAAAUUGUGGUGAAGAUUGUGAAAAACAAGCAUGCCCCACCAUUUAGAACGGCUCAGUUUGAGUUGGAGUUUGGUAAGGGCAUCUGUGUUGCUUCAGAGCUAAUAGAAUUGGGACUGAAGCAUAAAUUCGUGACGAAGUCAGGCGGUGCUUUCUACAGGUUGAAUGGUCGGAGUUUCCAUGGCAAAGAUGCGAUGAAACUCUAUUUAUCAGGAAAUGAAGAAGCACGGAAGGACCUAAUGAUGAAGCUGAGAGAGGCUUUUACUCAAACUGAUGUGGGGACAAAAAGGGAUGAUACAGUAAGUGAAGAUGAACGACGGGAAGAAAUUGUUGCGUGCGAUGCAUCAGAUACAACUGACGAGGAAGUAGUAACUGUCAUUGAGGCUUGAAAUAUUGUAUCAGAAACUUUUAGUACUUAUAGCAGGAGAGAAAAUGGGAAGCCCUUAUGCGGGAGUUUUGUAAAAUGUUUCAGUUAGUGGCAGUUCUUACAUUGCAUUG